AUGGGUGGAGAUUUGAUGGAAGAUGAUUGGGAAUUUGCUUCAUCAACAAACCCUAGCAGAACCCUAGUUCUCGUUGGCCGUACCGGAAACGGAAAGAGCGCAACAGGGAACAGUAUCCUCGGCAAGAAAGCGUUUAAGUCAAGAGCAAGCUCUCUAGGAGUCACAAGCACGUGCCAGUCACACAGAGUUGUGCAAGAAGAUGGUCAAAUCAUCAAUGUUAUUGAUACUCCUGGUUUGUUUGAUUUGUCUACAACAGUUGAUUUCAUCGGUAAAGAGAUUGUGAGAUGCAUAACUUUGGCUGAAGAUGGAAUCCAUGCUGUUCUGUUGGUGUUCUCUGUGAGGGGAAGGCUUACGGAAGAGGAGCAAUCUGCGCUCUAUAACUUGCAGACGCUCUUUGGGAGUAAAAUCGCUGACUAUAUGAUCAUUGUUUUCACCGGUGGUGAUGAUUUGGAAGAGAAUGAUGAGACUUUGGAUGACUAUUUGGGUCAGGAGUGUCCUGAGUUUAUGAAAGAAAUUCUGGAGCUAUGUGACAAUAGAUUGGUGUUGUUUGAUAACAAGACAACGGAUAAGCGCAAGAAAGCUGAGCAAGUGCAGAAGCUUCUCUCGCUUGUUGAUUCGAUUGCUAGAAAGAACGAUGGUAAACCGUUUACAGAUGAGUUGUUUCAGGAGCUUCAGGAUGAGGCUGUGAAGCUAAGGGACCAGAAGAAGGAGGUUGAGUCGCUGAAGGGUUAUUCAAAGAAUGAGAUUUCUGAGUUCAAGAAGCAGAUUGAUGUAUCGUAUGAUCGGCAGCUUAACCGCAUCACCGAGAUGGUGGAGACGAAGCUUAGAGAGACAGCGAAGAGACUGGAGCAUCAAUUGGGAGAAGAGCAAGCUGCAAGACUUGAAGCGGAGAAGAGGGCAAGCGAAGUUCAGAAACGGUCGAGUGAUGAGAUUAAGAAGCUGAGAGAGAAUCUGGAGAGGGCUGAGAAAGAGACGAAGGAACUCCAGAAGAAGCUGGGAAAGUGCAUCAAUCUGUGA